AUGUCAAAAGUAGGAAGAAUGAAGUUGGGAUCACAAGGCAUGGAAGUGUCCUUACAAGGACUUGGUUGCAUGAGUAUGUCUGCUUUCUAUGGUCCCCCUAAACCUGAACCUGACAUGAUUGCUCUCAUCCAUCAUGCCAUUCAAUCUGGUGUCACUUUUCUUGAUACUUCUGAUUUCUAUGGACCUCAUACCAAUGAACUCCUUCUUGGAAAGGCUUUGAAGGGAGAGGUGAGAGAGAAAGUUGAAUUGGCUACGAAAUUUGGAGUCAGAGCUAGGGAAGGGAAAUAUGAGAUCUGUGGUGAUCCAGCUUAUGUGAGAGAAGCUUGUGAAGGUAGCUUGAAGAGACUUGAUAUUGAUUCUAUUGAUCUCUAUUAUCAACAUCGGAUUGAUACUCGUCUUCCAAUUGAAGUCACGAUGGGAGAGCUUAAAAAACUAGUUGAAGAGGGGAAGAUAAAAUACAUUGGUUUGUCUGAGGCCUCACCUGCAACAAUCAGAAGAGCACAUGUUGUUCAUCCAAUAACAGCUGUGCAGUUGGAGUGGUCAUUAUGGUCCAGAGAUGUUGAGGAAGAAGUUAUUCCCACUUGCAGGGAACUUGGUAUUGGAAUUGUUGCAUAUAGUCCUCUUGGGCGAGGAUUCUUUUCGUCUGGACCAAAGCUGCUUGAGAGCUUGUCGCAAGAUGAUUACCGAAAGGAUUUGCCUCGAUUUCAACCUGAAAAUCUGCAGCAGAACCAAACUAUAUUUGACAAAGUUAAUGAACUGGCUACAAAGAAAGGGUGUACUCCAUCUCAGCUUGCACUAGCCUGGCUUCAUCACCAAGGAAACGACGUGUGCCCGAUACCCGGAACAACCAAAAUUGAGAACUUGAAUCAAAACAUAGGUGCUUUAUCCGUCAAACUAACACCAGAAGAAAUGGCAGAAAUUGAGUCCUUAGCAGAUGCUGUUAGGGGUGAUAGGUAUGCGGACGGUAGCAGUACAUGGAAGUAUUCCGACACUCCACCACUCUCUUCAUGGAAUGCUGAAAAAUGA